AUGAGCCGCCCCCAUUUGCCCAAAGACCACGCCUUCCCGCGCGCGAAUGGGUUCUUCGACCGCCGCCUCUGCGAGAUCGAGGAGGCGGACGCCGCGGCCGCCCUAGCCGCCGACCAGUCCUGGUCGGGGUCGCCGUCGCAGUCCACCUCCCCGUCGUCGGCGUCGUCGCUGCCGAUGUCGUCGUGCGGCCAGUACAUGCUGCACCGGGUCGGCAAGUUCGACACCCUCGCCGGCGUCGCUAUCAAGUACGGAGUUGAGGUAGCUGACGUCAAGAGGCUGAAUAGCCUCUCGACUGACCUCCAGAUGUUUGCACACAAGACGCUGCGGAUUCCACUCCCUGGAAGGCAUCCUCCUCCACCUUUCCAGCAGAAUGGUUCAUACGAGUGUGAUGACAGGGAAUGUACUCCACGGCGUCUUCAUGAUGAUCUAUUGGAAUCAGUUUUGCGAACACCAAGACACAAGGUUUCGCCAGCCAUGAGCCUUUUGCAGGGAUACUAUGGUCUCACACCACCCCCAAAGAGGGAUCCAACACAAGAAGGCACUGAGAUGCCAGUAUAUGGAAAAGGCAAAUCAAUUUCCUUGGUUGACGAGCCGUGGUCUGCAGAGACACCAAGUCCCAACACGUUCAUGUUUGAGCAUAGGAAACCCAGAAGCCAGACAAUGGGUUCUCUUGUGAAUGGCGAGUCUGAGGAGAAUGGAGAUGGUGAAAGGCCAAUAAGGAGGCGCCCAAAAGCUGACGGCGAGUUGCUACCUAGGGAGGAAAAUGGCAGUGCCUUGUUGUCACGGGCGGGAAAAGGCCUCGCAUUGAGGCCAAAGUCGGGCACUCGACCAGACAUGAACAAGAGCCAUCAGAAUCUUAUCGCGAUGUCGGAGCCUUCGUUUGACGGCGGGCUUCAAACCGUAAAAAAAUCGUCGAGCACCCCUGAGUUCCAAGAGCCAGAGAGCAACAGCAGCUCCUCGUCCAUAUGGUCAGCAAGCAAGUGGAGCUUGAAACCAGACGCUUUCGCCCUCCCUCUUUUUGACAGCAUUCCAAAGCCAAUCGCUGCUUGGAAAAACAAGGCGGCCCGAGAUUAG